AUGUCUUUCAUGUACCCGCCAACUGGUAAACACGUCCCAACUGUGCUAACUCCCAGCCAAGCUUGGUACCAGAUCGACCCAGACCAUUUCAAGAAGAUCAACACAUGGAAGAAGAGAUUUCCGUCGACCCCCGAAACGAACUCAGUGGAAAAGAUGCAGCCAUACCUUGAAGGAAUCCGAACUUACACUGAAAAAGCUGACUACACCCACGAAGCUCACAGUUUCAUCUUUGCCCUUGAAUCUUGCCUCAAAGUGCAUAUCGAGAAGCAUGAUCACGAAGGAAAAUUUAAAUUGACCAAGCAAAGACCGCUGCUGAACGGCGUUGCUGGUUUCAGCGUGGCUGGCUCGGGCUCAAGUGCCGGUUCAAUGGUGGUCCCCCGAGUCACGCCCCCGCAAGUCACCUCCCCGCAAGUCACCUUAACCUUGUAG